UAACAGACAAGAGACGACUUCCUGGGACAAGUGGACGUGCCCCUGAGUCAUCUCCCGACAGAAGAUCCAACCAUGGAGCGACCCUACACAUUUAAGGAUUUUCUCCUCAGACCAAGAAGUCACAAAUCUCGAGUUAAGGGAUUUUUGCGAUUGAAAAUGGCCUACAUGCCAAAAAAUGGAGGACAAGACGAAGAAAGUGGUGAGCAGAGGGACGAUAUGGAGCAUGGCUGGGAAGUUGUUGACUCCAAUGACUCGGCUUCUCAGCACCAGGAAGAACUUCCUCCUCCUCCGUUGCCCCCCGGGUGGGAAGAAAAAGUGGACAAUUUAGGCCGGACCUACUAUGUCAACCACAACAACAGGACCACUCAGUGGCACCGACCGAGCUUGAUGGAUGUGUCUUCUGAGUCUGACAACAACAUCCGGCAGAUAAACCAGGAGGCUGCCCACCGGCGGUUCCGUUCCCGCAGGCACAUCAGUGAAGACUUGGAGCCCGAGCCCACCGAGGGUGGAGAGGUCCCUGAGUACGUUCCCCUGACGCCAUCUGCCCUUUCCUCCCUCCAGCAGAGAGAGCCGUCCUCGAGACUGAGGUCAUGCAGUGUCACAGAUGCGGUGGCCGAGCAGGCUCAUCUUCCACCGCCCAGUGCCCCAACUAGGAGAGCGCGUUCAUCGACUGUCACGGGUGGUGAGGAGCCAACGCCAUCAGUGGCCUAUGUGCACACCACGCCAGGCCUCCCUUCAGGCUGGGAAGAAAGGAAAGAUGCUAAGGGACGUACAUACUAUGUCAAUCAUAACAAUCGAACUACCACGUGGACACGUCCUAUCAUGCAGCUUGCAGAAGAUGGCGCGUCUGGAUCGACUACGAACAGUAACAACCACCUAAUCAUCGAGCCUCAGAUCCGGCGGCCCCGUAGCCUCAGUUCGCCAACAGUAACUUUAUCUGCCCCGCUGGAGGGUGCCAAGGAUUCACCCAUACGUCGGGCUGUGAAAGAUACUCUUUCCAAUCCACAGUCCCCACAGCCAUCACCUUACAACUCCCCCAAACCACAACACAAAGUCACACAGAGCUUCCUGCCACCUGGCUGGGAAAUGAGGAUAGCUCCAAACGGCCGGCCCUUCUUCAUUGACCACAACACAAAGACGACAACCUGGGAAGAUCCACGCCUGAAGUUUCCAGUACAUAUGCGGUCCAAGGCAUCUUUAAACCCCAAUGACCUCGGUCCUCUUCCUCCUGGUUGGGAAGAAAGAAUUCACCUGGAUGGCCGAACGUUUUAUAUUGAUCACAAUAGCAAAAUCACUCAGUGGGAGGAUCCAAGACUGCAGAACCCAGCUAUUACUGGUCCGGCUGUUCCUUACUCCAGAGAAUUUAAGCAGAAAUAUGACUACUUUAGGAAGAAGUUAAAGAAACCCGCUGAUAUCCCAAAUAGAUUUGAAAUGAAGCUUCACAGAAAUAACAUAUUUGAAGAGUCCUAUAGGAGAAUCAUGUCGGUGAAGAGACCAGAUGUCCUGAAAGCUAGACUGUGGAUUGAAUUCGAAUCAGAGAAAGGGCUUGACUAUGGGGGCGUGGCCAGAGAAUGGUUCUUCUUACUGUCCAAGGAAAUGUUCAAUCCCUACUAUGGUCUCUUUGAGUACUCUGCCACGGACAACUACACACUUCAGAUCAAUCCUAAUUCCGGCCUCUGUAAUGAAGACCACUUGUCCUAUUUUACUUUUAUUGGAAGGGUUGCUGGUCUGGCAGUAUUUCAUGGGAAACUCUUAGACGGUUUCUUCAUUAGGCCAUUUUACAAAAUGAUGCUGGGAAAGCAGAUCACGCUGAAUGACAUGGAGUCUGUGGAUAGUGAAUAUUACAACUCUUUGAAGUGGAUCUUAGAAAACGACCCCACGGAGCUGGACCUCAUGUUCUGUAUAGAUGAAGAGAACUUCGGGCAGACAUAUCAAGUGGAUCUGAAGCCCAAUGGGUCAGAAAUAAUGGUAACAAAUGAAAACAAAAGGGAAUAUAUUGACCUCGUUAUCCAGUGGAGGUUUGUGAACAGGGUCCAGAAACAGAUGAACGCUUUCCUGGAGGGAUUCACAGAACUGCUUCCUAUUGAUUUGAUUAAAAUCUUUGAUGAAAAUGAACUGGAGCUGCUGAUGUGCGGCCUCGGCGACGUGGACGUGAACGACUGGAGACAGCAUUCUGUCUACAAGAAUGGCUACUGCCCAAAUCACCCUGUCAUUCAGUGGUUCUGGAAGGCGGUGCUCCUGAUGGAUGCUGAGAAGCGCAUCCGGUUACUGCAGUUUGUCACGGGGACGUCCCGAGUGCCCAUGAACGGAUUUGCCGAACUUUACGGUUCCAAUGGCCCUCAGCUGUUUACAAUAGAGCAAUGGGGGAGUCCCGAAAAGCUGCCCAGGGCUCACACGUGCUUUAAUCGCCUUGACUUACCUCCGUACGAAACCUUCGAAGAUUUACGAGAGAAACUUCUCAUGGCUGUGGAAAACGCUCAAGGAUUUGAAGGGGUGGAUUAA